AUGGCGGACGGCGAGCUCAACAUCCUCUCGCUGGACGGCGGCGGCGUUCGCGCCCUGUCGACCCUGCACAUCCUCAAGAACAUCAUGGAGGCCAUCGACCGCGAGAACCCGCCCAAGCCGUGCGACUUUUUCGAUAUGAUCGGGGGGACGGGUUCGGGUGGACUGCUAGCGAUCAUGCUCGGCCGCCUCAAGAUGGACAUCGACCAGUGCAUCGCCGAGUACAGCCGACUGUGCAAGCACGUCUUCGGGCGCAAGAAGCGCCUCUCGCUGACCAUGGCCGGCAUAUCCAAGCGCAAGGCCAAGCACGACCGGCGCAAGCUGGAGGUCGCGCUCAAGGGUGUCCUCCGCGAGAUGGGGUAUGAGGAUCGCGAGAUCCUAAUGCAGGAUGUGGAUUUGAGUUGUCGUGUAUUCUCCUGUGUAACCGACGCCUCGACGCAGAAACUCAUCCCGCUCUCUAGCUACCCGAGCAAGUACUGCCCGGCGGAGCUAUACAAGACGACCAGGCUCUGGGAAGCGGGUGUAGCGUCGUUUGCGAACGCGGCGCUGUUCGAGCCGAUUGUGCUCGGUCCCUCGCGGCGGCGCUUCACUGACUCCGCGGCGCAGGCGAACAAUCCCAUCCGCGAGGUGUGGAUCGAGGCGAAGAAUGUCUGGCGGCUGACGAGCCUGGAGAGCCAGCUGCGGUGCUUUGUUUCGAUUGGGACGGGGCUUCCGAGUAUUAAAAGGACUGGGGGGAAGAGUAAAGGCGAGUGUGCGAUUGUGUGUCCGGAGGUUGAGACCAACAAGUUCACGCAGGAGCAUAGCGAGCUGGAUGAUGACGGGCGGCUGUUCCGGUUUGAUGUGCCGAAUGGGCUGGCGGAGAUUGAACUCGAUGCUGUUGGUGAGUUGGAGACGAUUGUUGAUGCCACGCAGGACUAUCUGGGCAAGGAGCUGGUGUAUAAGCAGGUGAGGCGCUGUGGGAGGGCGCUGGCGCGGCCGGGGGACAGCGAGGUGUCGUGGAGGAGGUGA